CGAGGUGCAGACGGUGCCUGCGCGCGUCGACCGAUACAACAUCAAGGAUGAGGUUCCCCUGCCUUGUUCUGGUGGCCCUGACUCUCCUCGCCGAGGUGUUUCCGGCUGAGGACAUCUAUUGGGAGGGUGAUGAUGUUUCCAACGAGUUUCUAGAAGUAGAGCCAGAGGACUCCGGCAUCAGACGACACCUCAACAGGUUUAGAAGAGACAUUUUUGAUUUUUGGAAUCCGUUUGGCAGCAGUACGACAACAACAGAGGCGCCGCCAGAAGAUAUAAGAACUAACUGGGGUGAUAGUGAAGGCCCAGAUGAAGAUGAGGGCAAAGAAGACGGAGAGUAUGAUUUGGGUUCCGGCUCACCAGACAAAGAACCGGAGAAAGAAAAAACUCUUCACGUCACUUUCGUGGUAGUGCAGCCGUACCAGGAGAGCUACUCCAAUCGUGACUCGCCAGAAUUCCAGAACUUCUCCAGGUCUUUGGCUGGUGCUGUCGAUUCCGUGUUUGAGAAACUGCCCGGCACACACAGAGCGAGUCUUGUCAGAAUACAGUCCCGUACCGACGACGAGUUUACCUGCAAAGUCACUCUAGACAUCGUUACCAACGGCGACACCAAUCAGAUCUCUGAAAUGCUCCACAAUUACAUCAGACAGACGAGAAGUCUCGGUGGCUUCGUCGUCAACGACGAGCAAUUCAGCUCAUCUAUCAGUGAUCCAAGUGCUCCAUUGAGUUCUUGUAGUCAGUAUGAGAUCAAGUGUUCCGACGGCCGCUGCCUGCCAGCCUCAGCUCUUUGUAAUGGAGUCAAUGACUGCUCUGAUGGUGGUGAUGAAACGAACUGUCCUUUCGAAAACGAAGACGGUGACGAUCAGAAUUAUAACCAGUCAGAAUCUGAGGAUUACACGACGGAGGGCUCCGAAGUUCCUUGUGAAGUAAAGUGUAAUGAGUCGGAAAAAGUAAUAGCCUGUAGUCAAACAUGUGACGGUAAAAUUGACUGUCCUUUGGAGGAUGACGAAGAGGUUUGUCAAGUGGUCCCCACAAGUUCUACCGCCGCCCCAGCAACGACACAAACACCAAAAUCGUCAGAAACCACAACACGCUCUCCUUCACCAGAAACAGUUGAAUGUGCGUCCGACGAGAUGCGUUGCGACGAACAACGCUGCCUCCACACAAGAUUCAUCUGCAAUCGAGAGAGAGACUGCGACGACGGAACUGACGAAGAAGGCUGUAACUACGAGCCCGAGAUAACUCCCGCACCAUUAUUACCUGAAAUACCAGCAGAAACAUGCGGCGAAAACGACUUCCGGUGUGACAACAAUAAAUGCAUAGAGAGCUUCCGUCGCUGUGACCGAGUUGUUGACUGCGCACAUGGCGAAGAUGAAAUGGAUUGUGAAUGCAAUGCGGAUGAGUUCAGAUGUGAGGACACCGGUACUUGUAUCGAGGCCAGAAAGGUGUGCGACAAAAGAAACAACUGCAGAGACGGCUCAGACGAACGCAAUUGUGCCGAAGGAUACUUUAAGUGCAGAUCCGGAAAACUAAUUCCCGACUACAAAAAAUGUAAUCGUCGUUAUGACUGUGACCCUGGAGAUUAUUCAGACGAACAAAACUGUCCAUGUGGUGAAGGCGACUUCAAAUGUGACAAUGGCUACUGCAUCCUACCAUCGAAACGAUGUGAUAGAACGCAUGACUGUCAAGAUGGCUCUGAUGAACGAGAUUGUAUUUAUGGCACUGUAUGCAUGGCUUAUCAAUAUAAAUGUUCGAGUGGACACUGUGUACAAGCUGAAUCACGGUGCAAUGGAACUGUGGAAUGCGUUGAUCAUUCCGACGAAAAGGACUGCCCUUGCAAAAGGGAUGAGUUCAAAUGUCGCGAUGGGUCAUGUGUAAAUUUAGCCAAGCGUUGUGACGGUCAAAAAGAUUGUCUUUUGGGUGAAGACGAGUUGAACUGCGCUAUCGACAGCUGCAGAGCCGAUGAGUUCACUUGCGACCCAAUAUCCACCACCAGAUGUGGUGUCAGAUGUAAUGGCUAUCGAGAGUGCGACGAUGGAGAGGACGAGCGAGACUGUGAUAGUGAUUGCAACGUCUCGUGUGAUGGACAGUGUCUAGACGACAGUAAAAUUUGUGACGGAACCAACGACUGCUCAGACGGUAGCGACGAGCAGGACUGUUCAUACUGCGAUGGGAUCCACGAUUUUAGAUGUGACGAUGGUGAAUGCAUAAACGCGAACCUUGUCUGCAAUAAUCUCGACGAUUGUCGUGACGGCAGCGAUGAACGAGACUGCGGAAACACAACUACACCGUCGUACGGUUGCAAUGAAAAUCAGUUCCAAUGUGCAAGCGGCGCCUGCAUCGAUAUUCAGUUCCACUGCGACAAACACAGUGACUGCGUUGACAACUCCGACGAAGAUAACUGCCCGUGCGAUCCCGGCGACUGGCAAUGUACUUCUGGUGAAUGUAUCCGGGAGAACCAAUAUUGCGAUGGUAAACCAGACUGCAGAGAUUACUCUGAUGAAAUCGACUGCCCCUUCACCACACCUCCACCGUAUAUCCCACUAUACACACCCGGCCCCACCACCACCCGAAGGCAAGAAGUUACAGUCCCACCAGUAUUUAUUCCUCGACCAGAUAUUCCUCUACCAGAAGACAGAUCACUCAAGCUUAUGACACACCCAGAAAAUCAAUCCAUGAUAUACGCCGUUGUUGGCGGUGACGUAGAAUUCUCUUGUCGUGAUACGGGUAACCUUCGUGCCCCGGUGCGAUGGGUAAGGGAAGACGGUAGACCAUUGAAACCCGGUUCCAUCGACAACAGAGGAAGACUUGAAAUGUUCAAAGUUACCACUGCCGAUAGUGGGGUCUACAUUUGCCAAGCUACAUCGUAUUUGGGACAACCGGGAUCAGAGGUGCGAGCGACUUUGAUAGUAGAAAGUGCGCCGGUUACACCACACUACCCGUCCUGCUUAUCGUACCAAGCCACUUGCUGGAACGGACAGUGUAUUUCGAAAACAGCGGUGUGUGACGGUCGAGCCGACUGCUCUGAUGGGUCCGACGAAGAAUCAUGCCAUUCCAACGGAAAAUGUGAACCGAAUCAGUUCAAAUGUAACAACGGCAAAUGCGUGGUGUCUACUUGGGUGUGCGACGGAGACAACGAUUGUGAGGAUAAUUCAGAUGAGGCAAACUGCCUCUCAAGUGAUCCCAGCCAGAGAUGCAAGAUUACCGAAUUUUCUUGCCGUAGCAGGGACCAGUGCAUCCCAAGAAGUUUCCAUUGCGAUGGUCAAUUUGACUGCAUCGACAGAUCCGACGAAGUUGGUUGCAGCCCAGUAGUCGUCAUCAGACCUCCAUCGCCGUCCAACGUAAGACUGAUACCAGGCGACAAUCUGACAUUAGAGUGUGAGGCCACAGGAGUACCCACGCCACUAAUUUCUUGGCGUUUGAACUGGGGUCAUGUACCGCCAAAAUGCAGGUCAACCAGUGAAAAUGGAAUCGGAAAAUUGUACUGUCCCAAUAUGCAAUUCGAAGACAGCGGUGCAUAUUCUUGUGAAGCUAUCAAUAAAAAGAGUACUGCAUUCGCCAAUCCCGACAGUAUUGUCUUCGUUAAGCCCGAGGAACGUACUUGUCCAUCCGGCUAUUUCAACAGCGAAGCGAGAUCUGAAAACGAAUGUAUACGAUGCUUCUGCUUCGGCAAAUCGACAGAAUGUCGUAGUGCAGACCUGUACACGUAUAACAUGCCGACACCACUCGGAGAAGGUGGCACCAGACUAUUAGGUGUUAGUAAAACGUACCAGGGAGACGUGGAAGUCGACAAAAAUCAACAAAUUACGGAACAGUUUUAUUACCAGCCCUUGAGAAACGGUGCUACGGUUACGAAAUUAGCCCUCACUGGAUGGUCGAAUAUUGAUAGAGUUAGUGUACAUCCAUACCUCACCCUACCUGAGACAUACAACGGAAACCAACUUAAGUCUUACGGCGGACACAUCAAAUAUCGUCUCACGCCUCACAGCCCUCAACCUUCGUAUGGCUCGAACGAUGGUCUACCAGAUAUUAUCAUUGUGGGUAAAUACCAAAGCUUGUCAUUCGUUAAUCGCGCCAGAGACAGAUCUAGGGACAUUGCUGUUGAGGCCAGACUGACAGUAGGAAAUUGGCAGAAACCUAGUCCUCGUGGCACAGUCCCGGCUUCCAGAGAAGACAUCAUGAUGGCGUUGGACGACAUCAAAAUGAUCUUGUUACGUGCUGAUAUGAACAAUGGUGGUGUGAACAUAACCGACUUCACCAUGGAGUCUGGUCAGUACUUAAACGCUGGCCUUGGAGCCGCGAGCUUGGUCGAGGAAUGUACUUGUCCGGAGGGAUACGAGGGACUUUCCUGCCAGAAAUGCGCGUCCGGCUACGAACGCGUCAUGUCAGGACCGUGGCUGGGAACUUGUGUGGCGAGGAGGGAGUGCCCACCAGGCACUUACGGAGACCCCAACAGCGGAGGCGCAUGCAAACCCUGCCCGUGCCCACUCACAAACCGGGAGAACCAGUUUGCAAGGACCUGCGCUCUUGGAUCAAACGGACGUGUUAUCUGCGAUUGUAUGCCUGGAUAUGAGGGAGAAGACUGCAGCUACUGCGCUCCAGGUUACUAUGGCAAUCCUCUUUUCCCUGGCAACUCUUGCAAACCUAAACCAUCGGAAACUUGCAACCCCAUCGGCACAGUUCAAGUGAGACCUCCAGAUGAGUGCGUCUGCAAAGACAAUGUACAAGGCCGCAACUGCGAUCAGUGCAAGAAUGGAUCCUACUACUUGUCCAAUGACUUCAGACACGGCUGCGCUCAGUGCUUCUGCGCUGGUGUGAUAGAAGACUGUACGACCAGUAACUACCGUCGUGUAACAACUUCGGUCAACUUCAACGUACCGCAGAUAGUAGACCAAGUGAAACUCUUCAAGACCGGUCUCGUUGGAUCAUCCGGAACUGUACGAUAUAACGCACCACAAGAAACGGAACUGCAACCGAUGCUAUAUGGAGGAGAAAUAGCGUUGAGCGGCAUAGACAGAUCACAACCUGCCAUCUAUUACUGGAGCUUACCUGCCAGCUUUUCAGGAAAUAAAGUAACGUCAUACGGUGGUUUCUUGAACUAUCAGAUCAAGCAUAUACCCUCAACUGGACCUGGCAACAAAAAUAACGCAGCAGAUGUGCAGCUUAUAAGCUUGAACGGACUUACAUUCCACUAUUUCGGAAACUUCGCACCAUCGAGUGACGGCACACUGAACGCAACCGUACAAUUCUUGGAGAAGGGAUGGCAACGGUCCGACGGCAAACCGGUGACUCGCGAGUAUUUCUUGCUCGCUUUAGCCGAUGUGAAGACGAUAUUGGUCAAGGCGACCUACACCUCGAGCCCACAAGUGUCUUCUAUAGUCAGCGCCAGCAUUGACACUGCCACGCCGAACGGCAACGGCCCUCAGGCUCUGCAUGUGGAGCAGUGUAUGUGCCCAGAAGGAUACAUUGGAACAUCCUGCGAAGACUGCGCCCCCGGUUAUACCAGGACCGAGAGUGGGCUGUACUUGAAGCACUGUGGGCGCUGCGAGUGCAACGGACAUUCGAGCAUGUGUCAUCCCGACACCGGAGAGUGCUAUGACUGCGCCGAUAACACCGCUGGACCGAACUGCGAGGAGUGUGCCGAAGGAUACGAACGUGACGGAUACAACAACUGCGUGCCUGGCCGCGAUCAACCACCACAACCUACAUGCAAUUGCGAUCCACGAGGUGAAUCAAGGCCUUGCGAGUACGGCUACUGCUCGUGCAAACAAAAUGUAGAAGGUCAAUACUGCGACCGCUGCAGAAACGGCACCUUUGGGUUGCAACGCAGCAACCCACUAGGUUGCACCGAAUGCUACUGCUCUGGAGCCACCAGAAAUUGCCAUGAAGCAAGUCAUUACAAUAGGAUAAGCAUACCAGCACCGAUGUUUGAAGAGGACUACGGUGGUUAUUCCCUGAUGGACAUAAACGCUGACAAUGUGAUCAACAAUCAAUUCGUUCCUGUGCCAACUCAGAGUGAACUCAAAUACAUUUUUACAUUCCCGCCUAAUCAGGAACUAUAUUGGUCGUUGCCUGUAUUCCCAGGUAAUCGUGUGCUGUCGUAUGGUGGUUCAUUGUCGUUGACGCAGAUGUUCGAAACUAAUGGUGACAUCGAGGAGUCGAGGCCAGAUGUAGACGUGGUACUUGUAGGAGACGAGCUCUCGGUGUACUGGUCUAACCCUAACCCGAUAAGAUCUGGAGAGGCUAUGAGCUACCAAGUGCCGCUUCGGGAAGAUGGAUGGUACAUUCUGAAUUCAGCAGAGCGUGCCAGCCGAUUCGACUUCAUGGCUGUACUUAAGGAUAUCAAGAGAGUGCUUGUCAGGGCUACAUUGUCGAGAAACAUUCUGUCAACUUCAAUCUCAGAUGUGUCGAUGGACACGGCAGCUGAAAGCUACGACCCAAACCUACCAGCUGCUACUGGCGUUGAGAUUUGUUUGUGUCCUGAGGGAUACACGGGAACAAGUUGCGAGUCCUGCUCGACAGGGUAUUACAAAGACGAGUCGUCAUCUUGCAGGCAAUGCCCGUGCAAUGGACAUGAUUGCCAACUGGACAGCUACAAUGGAGUCGUUUGCAAUUGUAGACCUCCCUAUUCCGGCCCUGACUGCUCUUCGAGCGGUAACGAGGUAACAACCACAUACAGACCGAACCCACCAAGGGGCACUGUGGUAGUCAAAAUAUCAAGUCCGACCAUAAAGAUCCAGGAAAUAGGCAGCACAGUCAAUUUUACAUGUCAAGCUCGAAGCCGCAUGACUCCUAGACGAUUACAAGUGACAUGGCGAAAGGCAGAUGGUGAAUUACCUUAUGACAGAACACAGUUCGAUGACAGAACAGGAGCCAUUAUCAUAACUAACCUCCAAAUAUCUGACAGUGGAAUGUAUGUGUGUGAGUCAAAUGAUGGCGUAUCCACCGAGCAAGCUACUGCAACGCUCAAGGUUCCAGGUAUAGAAAUGACACAGCCUGAAGUUUUCGUUAGCCCACAAAUAAAGGAUUACUAUGAAGGUGACAGACUAGAACUGGAAUGCUCUAGUCGAGGAAAUCCCGCACCAACCAUAUCUUGGCAGAGGGGACCGAGCCAAGCUCUAUCUAACCGAUUCGAAGUCAAUGGCAAUACCCUAAUAAUAGACAACCUACUGGAAGAAGAUACGGGAGAUUAUAGUUGUAUAGCAUCCAACGCAGCGGGUUCUGCGCGCGCAAUCGCAGUGGUAAACGUGCGACCUCGACCAUCUCAGCCUCCCCGCGAGAAACUGACAGUAUCAUCAACAUCACCAUCAGUCGGUGAAGGAGAGGAUAUUCGACUUGUGUGCACCGCCUCUCCCAACGUAGCUGCUGGUUCCAUCGAAUGGGUCAGACAAGAUGGAACACCCUUCCUUUCAAACAUGUACUCAGACAACGGAGUUCUGUACGUUGUGAAGGCUGAUGCGCAAAACCAGGGCGUGUACAUGUGUCGAACGCCAUCUUACGGCGUCAGUCCCGUACUUGUAGUAUUAACUGUCAUACCACUUAGGACCCCAUCUCCAGUAGAAGCAGCCAACAUAACUAUCAAUAAGGAUAGUCUGGAAAUACCCAGUGGCGGCAGUGACACUGUUGAAUGUAUCCCAGAAGGAAACCCAGUUCCUUAUGUCAAAUGGUCACGGUCUGACGAAAGUAAUUUCGGAUCAGGAAGCAGUCAAAGGGAAAACACGCUUAUAAUAUCAAACGCACAAGAAAGUGACAGUGGAUACUAUACAUGCGAAGCAAUCAUUGACGGAAAACCUAUCGUUCGCAAAUACAUUUACGUUAAUAUUCUAAAACGUGAGAGGCCAGAAGUUGAGAUCUACCCUAAAGGUGAAAUAUCGAUGCAAUUGGGAAGCCAAUUCGAACUAACCUGUAUCGUGAACGCGGGAAUACCACCACCUGCGGUGACUUGGGAUCGAAGUGGUGGAAGACCUUUAUCACCACAUGUCCAAAUCCAGCCCAACAAGUUAAGCUUCCAAAACAUUGAAGUGAAUGACGAAGGCGACUAUACUUGUACAGCAGCUAACGAAGCUGGAACAAGCAGUGCUACUGCGACAUUGAAAGUUAGGUCCGAUCCAGAAAUCAUAAUCACACCCAGCAACCUCAUGUCAGUCGCAGUGGGAGACAAAGUGGAGGUGGAAUGUCGAGCUGACGGCUAUCCUCAACCGGAAGUUUCUAUAACAUCGAGAAGAGACAAUCGCAUCCUAGUGCCGUCGAGACCAAGAAUAGCAAAGCUGAGCAUUCCGUACGUGACUGACAACGACGACGACGACUACAUCUGUACAGCCACAUCUGCUGGCAUCACCAUUGAAGAACAGUUCGCCAUCCGCGUCGAAAGAGGCGAUGGAGGUUCCAUUGAUACCGAUGAAGGAAGCGGAGGAGACGACCCACAUUACCCUGAUGGCGACGACCAGAUUAUUGGUCCGAACGCCAACAACCCAAGCAACAUGAUUGCUCAGGAAGGCAAGGAUGCGGUAAUAACGUGUAAUGCAUCAAGUGAGUACCGUGUUAGAUGGGAUAGAGCGGAUCGCAGACCACUACAGGACAAUGCGAGACAAAUCAAUGCUGACUUGAUCAUAUACAGUGCAACAAAGAGGGACUCUGGAAGAUACCAGUGUACGCUAAUUAACCAGAGAACCCAGGAGGCGCAGAUUUCAGCCAUCACCAGCCUGAUAGUCCUCGCAGCGCCGAGGAUCAAUUUGAGACCACAAACACAAACUGUCCGACCGGGAGAAUCUACCACAGUUGAAUGCGUUGUCGAAGGUGACGAUAUCAGAAGCGUCUUCUGGACUCCUAUCGACUCCUAUCCAUCGCGGCGAGUUGAACUACGUAACAGCACUUUGAGGUUCCGUCAAAUUGAGGUAGAGGAUGCCGGUCAGUAUAAAUGCACAGCCAUCAGCGGUGUGGCCGAAGCCUACGCCAUCGCAGAGGUCAUAGUCAGUGAGGAUACCGAUCGCGAGACGGAGUCGCAUGAUAACGAACAGUACGCGGGUCUGGGGGCAGCGGUCCACCUCAGCUGCAAUGUCACUCAGCGUGGUCUUACUAUUCACUGGAAGAAAGACGAUUACGCCCUACCUCCCUCUGUUAUACAAAGAAACGAUGGGUCCCUAUACAUCAGACGCGCUCAGAAGUCCGACAGCGGGCACUACGUCUGUACCCUCAGGGACCAAUACGGAAGGGAGACUAAUAAUUACAUCAACCUACACAUCGGUGACAGAGUUGAUUCAAAGCUUAUAUCAAUCGAAAAACCGGAAAGACCCUUUAGAGUCGGAGAUAGAGUUGAAGUUCUUUGCAGAGCAGUAUCAAAGAACGUAAAAGCCCAAUGGGAAAGAUAUGGCACGAGACAAUACGUUGAUUCUAGGAUUUAUGGAGAUGGUGCUCUACUGAUAAUACCGAACGUUCAAGAAUCUGAUGCCGGUGUGUACAGAUGUAAUGGCGAAGAUGUGAAUAUAGGCCGAAGCUACGAAGACUUCAACCUUGAGGUUAUACCAGGACCUAACGAGCCUUCGUACCCUCCAUCGAGCGAUGAGGACAAGGUACACACAGCGCGUCAUGGCGACAAUGUAGAGCUACCCUGCAACCACAACCUGCAAGGACCCAUCACUGUGGAGUGGAAGAGGGAGUACCAGCCCCUACCACCGAACGUCAGAAGCAAUGAGGAGGUCAUCCGUUUGGACGGCGUGACAGAAGCCGACGCCGGCACUUACAUCUGCAAAGUCUCCAACAGCGUCGCUAGAGUGACUGCGCGCGCGACGCUUCGUGUCAUCGGAGUCAUUCCCAAAUUCAACGGCGAUGGCUGGAUCUCCAUGCGUGCGUUGAAGGACGCUUACACCAAGUUCGACAUUGAAGUGUCCUUCAAACCUCUCGAUGGAAACGGCAUAAUACUGUACAACAGCGAAAACGACGAUGAGGAGGGCGAUUAUGUUGUACUGCAACUCGUGGACGGCGUGCCCAAGUUGACUCUGAAACUGUCACGAGACUACGCCGAGCCUGUCGUCACCACCGGAGAUAGGCCGCUUCAGCUCAACACUUGGCACACGAUCCGACUGAGCCGCAGCGAGUACAGAGUAACCAUGGACGUGGACAACACUGGACCAUUCGUGGCUGAGUCAUCUCAGUCCCUAGGAAUCCUGGACCUGCAUGCGCCGCUGUACAUCGGAAACGGACCGGAGCGAUCUAAACGUCCAUAUGAAUUGCAAGCGGCACCAGGAUUUAUCGGUUGCGUGAGCAUGCUAAUAUUAGGCAAGGAGGAGAAGAAUAUUCUGGCUGAGAGCUUCGAGCAAAUUAGCGUCUCCGACUGCGAUUCUUGCUCGCCGAACCAGUGUCUAAACAAAGGGGUGUGCCAGGAGGCGAGAAACGAGCGUGGCUACAUGUGUCUAUGCGCACCCGGUUUUGCCGGACUAAACUGCGACCGGACUGGCGAGGCGUGCCGGCCCGGCCUGUGCGGACCCGGCAAAUGCAAGGACACCGUCGACGGAUACAAGUGUAGCUGCCCCGUCACGUAUACCGGCAAGAACUGCGACAACAGACAGAACAUUAACUACCCAGCGUUUACCGGGAGCGCGUAUUUGGCCAUAGAGGCUCCGAAGACCUCCCGCUCUCUUCGCAUGUCGAUGAAGAUCAAGGCUAAACCACCAGUCACUGACGGCAUCAUCAUGUACUGCGCGCAAUCCGACCGCGGCUACGGAGGCUUCACCGCCCUGACCGUCCACGAUGGAAGACUGGAAUUCCGUUACGACCUUGGCGAUGGUAAUCCUCCUAUCGUGCUGGUGAGCAACAGAACGUUGACAUCGGAAUGGACUGACGUGCACAUUGCGCGAGUCGGACAGCUUGUCUCCCUGAAGAUCGACAUGAUGCAGAACUAUGAGGCCAAGCUUGCCUCGCCACGUGAUUUGCACCUAGGAACACCAAUGUUUGUGGGAGGAGUGGACGGAGAAAUUGUACUCAAUAACAACACAGGCGUCAGCGGUGGAUUCAGCGGAUGUAUCAAAGACGUAUCGCUGCACGGAGGCCAACUGGAUCUGAUUGGGGCCACCAUACAGUCGGCCAACAUACAGGAGUGUGUCAACUAUGACCGCGGAGACAUACCUGAGGUGGAGAGCGUAUGUUCUCAAUGUCGCAACAACGGCUAUUGCACGAAUCCAGACGCAUCCGCCUGCAUUUGCCAGCCAGGAUUCACGGGAACAUACUGCGAGAGCCGCCUACCUCUGUCCAACAUAAUGCGCCCUCCAAGGGACCCUUGCAACCCGUCACCCUGCAGGAACGGAGGCACAUGCAAGAUGGAACGCGGCACACGACUCAACUACACUUGCGACUGCCCGCUAGGCUACUCUGGCGCUAACUGUCAAAUGCCUCUGGAGCUCCUACAGAGCGUGGGUUUCAAUGGUAACGGAUAUCUGGAGCUGCCCAUGAGAUUCCUGAGGUACGACAUGAUCAGUGAGGAGCCAGUCCUGGUGGCUAUGGCGUUCCACACCACGAGCGAUGGUGUCCUGCUCUACCAGACGGAAGCCUCCGGUAGCGACGGCGCGGACUACCUUAUGCUGCGAAUUGAAAGAGGAGCUGUUGUAAUGGAAUGGGAUAUGGGAAGCGGCGCGAACUCUCUCUCCCUACCUGAAAGGAGAGUUACAGACGGAGAAAGACAUCAAAUAAUCGCGAAACUCUACGACGACAUGCGAGUCGAGCUGACAGUCGAUGGAAUACCACGGACCACCAUCAACAACGGAAUCUCCAACGUCCUGAACGCUGACUCCAACAUCUAUAUCGGUGGUAUUCCGGAGCACAUGAAUGUGUUCAACCUACCUGGCCUGGUCGGGUGCAUUGAGCAGGUCGAGUUUAACAGUGACCGUAGUGUCAAUCUCGGCAGGCACGCCAUAGCUGGGCGCAACACGCAGCCUUGCAAAGACGCAAGAUUGGUGGGAUAGACGAAAUACGACAACAAUAAUAGUAUAUUAUACGAAUAAGAUACGAUCGAAUGUUUAUAUUAUAAGAUUUAUAAGUCUAGAUAAGCUUUAUCCAAUUAAAUAUAUUAUAAUACAAAGGAACAAAUUGCUGUAAUCUCUAAAGUUCCAAGCGUUGUCAAUUGAUGUUAUUAAAAUAUAUAAGGACAUUUAAGUAUCAAUAUCAUAAUAUAUAGCAUAGUCGGUCUUCUUGUUUCUGAAAGAAUUUAAUUACAAAAUUUGUUACAGUUCAUAGUCUUUAUUGUCGUUUCAGCUUACACCCGGGACGUGAUGCGGCGCGGCAUUCAAAUUUUAAAAAUGACUACUAUUACUUUUUACUUUAUAAAAAUAUCGUACCGUAUAUUAUAAUUGCUGCGCCGUUUCGCGCCUCGGUGUGAACUAACGCUUAGAUUAAGAAUUUUGCAAAGGACAAUACUAUUAGCUUACUUAAGUAGGUAAUUCGACCUAUGAUUAGUGCUUACAAAAACGACUAUAAGUACCGUCUAUACAUUUUUAUGUUUGUAUGUUUCAUAUUUUGUUUUUGAUCAUUUUGUUCGCAUCGUACGGUGUUGGUAGAUAUUGGUGCCAUAACAUUUUUACUUAAUCAUUAUUUUUUUCUCUAUCUGAUAUAAUAUCAUGUGCCAAACGCAUUUUUAGUUUACCACUGCCAUUUUUGUAUGAGUAGCUACUCGACGACUACUUUUAGUAUAGUGUUACUUUUUACGUCUUAUUUGAGAUACUGCAUUUAGCUUUGUAUAUCCAGUGAUAAUUUUGUACGAUAGAAAUACGUCUUUUAUUGUAAAUAAUCGUCAUCAUCGUGCAGAAUCUAGCCCAGCUAAGUAUUUCGACAAUAUAAUAUCUGAUCGACGAGGUUCGACCUACUAUUUAUUUACCUGCCUACUGCCUAAUGUUACUUGUACAUGCUUCAUUGUAAACAGUUCAACUAACAAUAAAUGAACGUUUCUAUUA